CGAAAGAACAGCAAUCUUACAGUUAUAACUCAAAGAAUUUACGUAUCGCUCAGUGUCGAAAGCAAAAAAUGGCGUCCCACAGACAGACCUACCGAGCUGGUGAAGCCAAGGGCCAAGCUCAGGAAAAGACAAAUCAGAUGAUGGACACAAUUGGGCAGAAGGCCCAAGAAGUAAAGGACAAGACCCACGAGACAGCCCAGGCAGCCCAGGAGAGAGCAAAGGGUGCAACUCAAACAACUAGAGACAAGGGCCAAGAGAAGGGAAAAGUUACGAAGGCAAAGGCACGGCAGAGCAAGGAGGCGACCGAGGAGAAGGCCUCGGAGGUAGGUCAAAAGGCCAAAGACACCACGGACGCUGGCAAGGAGAAGUCGGAGGGGUUCGUCCAGCAGACCGGAGAGAAAGUGAAAAACAUGGCACAGACUACUGCUGAUGCUGUCAAGAAUACGUUUGGCAUGGCAAAGGACGAUGAGGAAGAAGACGUUGUUUACUCUAGGAAGGAGAGGGACUAGUUGACAUUGUCUUAUGUUGGUUUACUGUCUGUUUCUUCAGUAUGUUGUGUGUGUGUGUGUUUUAGUGUGUUUGUUAUGUCGCUGUCAGGGCAAGUAUUUGAAGUCCUGUGCUUCCCUCUCUAUGUGAGAUGGGGAUGGGGUUGUUGUUACACUUGGUUUUAUAGUGUUGUAGGAAUCAGAUUGUAAUUUUCAGUAACAUAUGAAAUGCAAUCUGCCGAAUAAUUUCUGUUAAUUUACUCCACUAUGUAGCUUCUCCAUUUUAUUCUGAUUCGUUACUUUCAUCUGUUUUAAAAAUAUACAAGCCUUAUUCAUCCUAAACGGAAGCAUAAUAGAUUUGUCUCUUUCUUAAAAGUGAAGAUGAUUACUAACUGGGAAUUUUAUUUUGAUUCAUUUAUUCCUUUUUUAUACUUAAUUAUCUUUUUUAUCUUGAAAAUUUGAAUGUGCCUAACAAAUGUCUUGUACACCCAGUGAAAAAAAAAAGAAACAUAAAUAGUCUAGUAAUAGA